CUCUCCACAGUAAAUCGGAGAACUAAACAUGGGACGCCUUCAACAUUCAGUAGCUGCGCUGCUUCUUGUGCUAUCGAUUGCUGCGAUCACCGGCACCACAGAUGCACAGGAUGAACAAGGACCGGUGGUGAACAUCGAAGGCCUGGGAUCAGUUUUGGGAAUCAUGGGUCAAACUGCCUGGACUUCAAGACCCAUCUACAAGUUCUUCAACAUCAAGUAUGCAGAGGCACCGGUCGGAGAACAGCGCUUCCGAGCUCCAGUCAGUGUACUUCCCUGGUCCGGAGUCAUGAACGUUACUGCUCCUGGCAGAGAAUGCCCCCAGUCUCGUACUCUCUCGAGAGAUGAUCCAAACCCUGAGGACUGUCUGACGCUUUCCGUCUACUCCAACGAUCUUCAAGCUAACCGUCCUGUCAUGCUUUACAUCCACGGAGGGGCAUUCGUACUCGGUUCGGCAGAGCGCUUCGGUCCGGAAUAUUUGCUAGAGAAAGACAUCGUCCUUGUCGUCAUCCAGUAUCGUUUGGGUACGCUCGGUUUUCUCUCAACUGGUACCGAACGUAUUCCUGGUAAUGCCGCCAUGUACGAUGUGCUGGAGUCCCUCGAAUGGGUAUCUCGACACAUUCGUCACUUUGGAGGAAACCCACAGGACGUUACGAUCUUCGGUGAGUCCGCCGGAGGACAUGCAGUGUCUGCAAUGCUGCACAGCCCUCAAGUACGUGAGGAUCUCUUCCAUCGUGCCAUCAUUCAAUCCGGGACCACGUUUAUGCCGUGGGUCACCUGUCAGGAUCCUACCGAAGGAUCCUACGAUAUCGCUAGAAUCAUUGGAUGUCCUAUGACUUCUCCAACUGCAAUCGACAAUUGCCUGAAACAAGCAUCUGUUCGGGAUCUCGUUCAGGCUCAAGACCAACACAAGAAAAAUGAGUUCAGUUCCCCAGGAUACCCGAAAGUAGCCGGUGCUUGCAUCACCGUCGGUGGACCUUUCGGAGACAACAACUUCAUGCCCGUUCAUCCUAAGGAUUCCACCUACUUCCGAAAUGUCUCGAUCAUCUUCGGUAUGAACUCUCAGGAAGGACUCAUAUUCUUCAACGAAUAUUUUCAAUAUGCCCUCGACUCGCAACCUAUCGAAUUUGAAGAUGAUUGGGACUUCCUCGAGUUUGUCGAAACCGUCAACGUUAAAUUCGGAUCGGCCGCAUUCGUCGAUGCAGUCGUUGGUUAUGAGCUCUUGAGCAAGACUACCUGGGAGGAAAUGGGUCGUACCGAUUUCUUGGAGUUAGUUCCAGUACUCAUCGAUAUUGCUGGAAACUUGGCACUCAAGUAUGGCUCAGUGGAAGAAGCCAACCGAUUCGCCAGAGCACAUCCUGGACAAAUCUACCUCUACAACUUCGAUUAUGUUGGACCUCCUUCUCCUAUGAGGCCUGGUUUUCCAUACGAUGUGCCCAAUAGUGUUGGUCAUGGUGACGAACUCAAGUUCCUGUUCCCCUCGAACAACCUCAAUGAAGUGCAUACACAAAUGGCUAAAAUUAUGGUCGAUCUAUGGACAUCCUUUGCGAUUACUGGCGUUCCCCAGGGCGAAAACCUAAUUCCGUGGCCACCUGUCUCAAGACCAUUUGGCCCCUACCUUCGACUUGUCAACCCGCCUGAAGAGAAGGAUUACUUCGUGCACGAGCUUACUAACACGGUUGAGAAGGCCCAAGCACCAAGAGAAUCGAAUGCUCUUAAGAGAUGUCUUGAUCUAUUGCUCAAACGAAAUCCCACGAAAUGA